GUUAGAGUAGAGGACACACACUUAUAAGACAAUGGAUGCCAACAUCACGAUGAACAUGGAUGAAUUAACAGAAAUAUUGAUUUUGAAAGAUAUUAACAUCACUUUCACCGAUUAUGAAAACAUUACAGAGCCACCUUACUCUAAUGAAGAAUACAUCUGUUAUACCAAAAACAACCGACUGCACCUGUUUCACACCGUGUUCCAACCCCUUGUGUAUGGUGCAGUGCUUUUCCUGGGGCUGACUGGCAAUGGCCUCCUCCUGACGGUCCUGCUAAAGCGCCGGAAAACCCUACGCAUCACAGAGAUCUACCUGGUACACCUGGCAAUAGCCGACCUUCUCCUCCUGUUCACUUUACCUUUCGUUUUGACUCAAGUGGUGGCUGGAUGGAUCUAUGGAGAGUUUCUUUGCAAGCUUUUGGGCCUCAUCAAUCGUCUAAAUCUGGUGUGUGGGAGUCUGCUUUUGGCAUGCAUUGGCUUUGACCGCUACCUCGCCGUGGUGCACGCCAUCCCCAGCCUCCAGAGUCGACGGCCUAAGAUCGUUCACCUAACCUGUGCCCUGCUCUGGCUCCUCUGCCUGUCUUUGUCCAUGCCCAACAUGGUGUUCCUCAGCGUGGCGGAAAAGGAUGACGGACCUACCCGGCUCUUCUGUUCUUAUAACAGUCAUCACAUCCAUGGAAACAACUGGAUGUUGACCAACAGAUUCAUCACGCUCCUGCUGUGCUUCUUUCUACCUCUGAUGGUCAUGGGAUACUGCUACACUGCCAUCAUUAUCACUCUUUCCCAAAGCCAAAAGAGUUUGGAGAAGCAGGGGGCCAUCCGAUUGGCCCUGCUGGUUACACUGGUGUUCUGCCUGUGCUGGUUGCCGUAUAACAUCACCAUUCUGACCGAUACCCUUGUGCAGUUGCGUGCUAUCUCUAAGUGGAGCUGCCAAGCUCAAGCCAUGUUAAAUGAAGCGCUCAUAGUGACGGAGGCCAUUGGCUUUAUGCACUGUUGCUUGAAUCCAAUACUGUAUGCCUUCAUUGGGGUACGUUUCCGGCGGGACCUCCUGCAGUUGCUAGCCAAAAGGAAGUGUCUGAAGUUAUGCCUGCCAGGGCUGAGAGCUGAAAGUCAGAGCAGGUCAUCUGUAACAGAGGCUGUGACUGUAACAACGAGCAACCACUAUAUCUAAUGAACAUUUGAGAUUUCUGAAACUGAACAUUUUGUGGAACUAGUUAAAUGUUUUCAUCCUUGUACAUCUUUGAGUUGCCAAGCAGCAACUUGAGACCUAUGUCUUUAUCACUGUACUAAUUCACAAUGCAUUGCUUGAGCCUACGCAUUGACACAUUAACCCAUAAUGUUAUAUUAUAUAUAGACAAUAUAUAUAAUAAUUUUCUAAAAAGAAGUGUGACUUAAAGGGAUGCUUCCCCGAAAAAUGAAAAUUCUUUCAUCAUUUAGUCACCUUCGAGUUGUUCCAAAUCUGUAUUUUUUUGUUUUGUUCUGAUGGACACAGAAUCUGUAACAAAACAGAUCUUGCCCCCAUUGACUCCCAUUGUAGGAAAAACAUAUGUAAUUAUUUUUUGUUCUCUUGAACACCAAAGAAGACUUGUAGAAUGUAGGAGAGCAAACAGGUCUGGGGCACUUUUGACUACCAAUGGUGAGUAAAUGACAGACUUUUUUGUGUGUAGUAUCCCUUUAAAACUGAAUUAAGACAAUUAAAAUAAAGCUUCUGCAUCAUAUCUAACCUGCAAAAAUUCUUUGCUUUGUGUUCUGAAUAUGCCAAAGUCUAAAUGUCAGAUAACAAAUGAUUCUAAAAUAAAGUUUUCCAUAAUGAAUGUCUUGAGUUUUGUAAUGUGAUUGCCACUCAACCAGUCAUAAACCCC